CUCGCAUGUGGCCUUUAAAAGCCGAGCUGGGAGACCGCAAGGCGCACACCCACCCAGUAAAAGCGACAUGAGCGCACCCACACCAGCAGUAGCACCAGUGACGGCGACGCCAGCGACCGAGUGGGAGGGCGCCACGCCCACGGGCUCGGACGACGGGCGCAAGGUCUCGGCCUCGGACGACGAGAAGAACGCCGCCGACCUCGACCCGGUGGUCAACGAGAACCCGGCGGUCCUCAAGGGCUCCGGGCUGGCAGGCGACAACGAGUCGCUCGACGGCGCCGCCGUCAUCCCCGACGUCUCGGACCGCAGUGACAUCCCGUGGCGGCUGCGCAUUAUCGCCUUCUUGCUGAUCGUCUUCUUCAACACGGGCGCGUCGUACGCUGACAACGUGCUCGGCCCGCUCAAGACGCGUAUUCGCAAGGAGCUGAAGAUUACCAACGCCCAAUUCGGCGCCGUCGCCUCGGCCAACGCCCUCGUCAACUCGAUCCUGCCCAUCAUCGGCGGCAUCGGCAUGGACUACUGGGGCGCGACGUACGCGGCUAUUAUUUCGUGUAUCUUUAUCUGUGUCGGUGCGGUUGUGUCGGGUAUCUCCGCCCACAACAACCACUACGGCCUCCUGGUCGGCGGACACAUCAUCAUGGGCUUUGGCAGCACCAUCAUCGGCGCGUGCCAGAACAAGCUCUACUCGCACUGGUUUGCCGGCUCGACGCUCGCGUUUGUCUACGGCCUCGACAUUGCGUGGAACCGCGUCGUGUCGGUCAUUACGCGUACGACGGCCGUCCCGCUGUCCAACAUUGGCGGCUUCUGGGGCUGGGCGCUCUGGAUCCCCGCCAUGGUCUGCGGCUUCAACAUGAUCAUGCUCAUGGUCUACUGGUGGUUCGAGCGCAACGUCGCCCCCCAGUACCGCCCCGUCCUGGGCAAGGACGCGCGUGCCAAGGAGGGCGCGUUCUUGAAGCGCCGCGUCAAGUUCAACAUGCUCGGCCAGCUCCCCAAGUUCUUCUGGAUCCUCUGCUCCACCCAGCUGUUCCAGAACGCCGCAGUCUCAGUCUACACCUCCAACCUGUCCGACAUUCAGGUCAAGACCCGCGGCACCAAGACCCUCGCGGCAGGCUACAACUCGUCGAUCCAGCCCGUGGUCCCCAUCGUGCUCACCCCGCUUGCGGGCCUCUUCUUCGACCGUAUCGGCUACCGUGUCGUCUUCAUCUCCUUCACCGGCAUGCUCUACGUCAUCGUCUUCUCCCUCAUCGGCCUCACCAAGGUCCACCCCCUCGUCCCCAUCAUCAUCUCGUCGUUCGCCCUCUCCACGAACGCCGUCACCUUCCUCGCCUCUAUCCCCGUCCUCGUUGGUAACGACCGUCUUAUUGGCACCGCGUUCGGCGUGUGGAAGUCUUUCCAAAACUGCAACACCCUCAUCCUCGAAGUCGCUGCCGGCGCCAUCCAGGACCGCACAAAGAACCAGGAGUACUACAACGUCAUCUACUUUCUCAUCGCCAUCAAGUCGAUCGAGACGCUGCUCGGCCCUCUCUACGACUACCUCGACGGCAAGUGGCUUGGCCACUCGCUCCGCAGGCCCGAAAAGGUCCGUGUCGCUAUCCGAAAGGAGGCCAUCGAGAAGGGAAUCGAGUACGAGGGUUGGCGUAUCUCGCGCUGGACGAGGCGCGCAGUUCUCACCCAGCUGUCGUGCAUGAUUAUUGCCGGCUGGACCCUGUACAUUGUCUACUCGCUUGGAACUUAGAUUUGGUGACCAUGAUGCAUCCUAGAUGGCUACA